GAACGGCGAGGUCAGCAAGGCCGAGGUGCUCGAGAUCAUCACGGUGAGUUUGGGGAACGGCGAGGUCAGCAAGGCCGAGGUGCUCGAGAUCAUCACGGUGAGUUUGGGGAACGGCGAGGUCAGCAAGGCCGAGGUGCUCGAGAUCAUCACGGUGAGUUUGGGGAACGGCGAGGUCAGCAAGGCCGAGGUGCUCGAGAUCAUCACGGUCAGCGGCGGUUCCCGGGAGUACAUCAUCGCGCUGCACCUCACCUCCUCGGGAAAGACGCACCUGAAGCUCGAGUGGGCGUUCUCCUUGUUUGACGUGGACAGGAACGGCGAGGUCAGCAAGGCCGAGGUGCUCGAGAUCAUCACGGUCAGCGGCGGUUCCCGGGAGUACAUCAUCGCGCUGCACCUCACCUCCUCGGGAAAGACGCACCUGAAGCUCGAGUGGGCGUUCUCCUUGUUUGACGUGGACAGGAACGGAGAGGUCAGCAAGGGAGAGGUGCUGGAGAUCAUCACG